CGUGACGAGGAGCGGCCCGCGGGCAGCCCCGCCCCGCCGCGCAGCCGCUCGUCGCGCCAUGUGGGCCUUGCGGGCCGCCGUACGUCCGCGGCUCCGGCUCUCCGCGGUAUGCCGCGGCUGCCGGGCACCAAGGGCACCCGCGCCAUCCUGCCCCGCUCGCGGUCUCUCCGCGGCCGGCCGCGGGGGCCCCGGGAAUCUAGAGGGGCCAUGGGGCCGAGGGCGGAGCCUGCGGGCGGACGGCGGCCGAAGCUGCGCGGGAGAGGACGAGGAGGAGCCGGAAGACGCGGACGAGGACGCAGAGGAGGAGCUGCUGCAGAGGGAGCCUCUGCUGCCGGCGGGGACGCAGCGCGUGUGUCUGGUCCACCCCGAUGUCAAGUGGGGCCCGGGGAAGCCGCACAUGACGCGAGCUGAGUGGCAGGUAGCAGAGGCCACGGCGCUGGUGCACACGCUGGACGGCUGGUCCGUGGUGCAGACGAUGGUCGUGUCCACCAAGAGUCCGGACCGGAAGCUCGUCUUCGGCAAAGGGAACUUGGAGCAGCUGACAGAGAGGAUCCGACGGUGUCCGGACGUCACGUGUGUCUUCCUGAAUGUGGAGAGGAUGGCCGCCCCCACCAAGAAAGAACUGGAAGCCGCCUGGGGCGUGGAGGUGUUCGACCGCUUCACCGUGGUCCUGCACAUUUUCCGCUGCAACGCGCGCACCAAGGAGGCCCGGCUGCAGGUGGCCCUGGCGGAGAUCCCGCUCCUCAGGUCGAACCUGAGAAGAGACGUCGCCCACCUUCACCGAGGAGGAUCCGGCUCCCGCUACAUCAUGGGGUCAGGAGAAUCGUUCAUGCAGCUGCAGCAGCGUCUCCUGAAAGAGAAGGAGGCCAAAAUCAGGAAGGCCCUGGACAAGCUUCGGAAGAAAAGGCACGUGCUGCGGCGGCAGCGCACGAGGCGCGAGUUCCCCGUGGUCUCCGUGGUGGGGUACACCAACUGUGGGAAGACCACGCUGAUCAAGGCGCUGACGGGAGACACCGCCCUGCAACCACGGGACCAGCUGUUUGCCACGCUGGACGUCACGGCCCACGCGGGCACGCUGCCCUCACGCCUGACCGUCCUGUACGUGGACACCAUCGGGUUCUUGUCCCAGCUGCCACACGGCCUCAUCGAGUCCUUCUCCGCCACCCUGGAAGACGUGGCCCACUCGGAUCUGAUCCUGCACGUCCGGGACGUCAGCCACCCCGAGGCGGAGCUCCAGAAGGCCAGCGUGGUGUCCACCCUGCGCGGCCUGCGGCUGCCCGCCCCGCUCCUGGACUCCAUGCUGGAGGUUCACAACAAGGUGGACCUGGUGCCCGGGUACCACCCCACGGGACCGAACGUGGUGCCCGUGUCUGCCCUGCUGGGGCACGGGCUCCAGGAGCUGAAGGCUGAGCUCGACGCGGCGGUGCUGAAGGCCACGGGGAGACAGGUCCUCACCCUCCGUGUCCGGCUGGCCGGGGCCCAGCUCAGCUGGCUACAUGAGGAGGCCACCGUCCAGCAGGUGCACGUGAUCCCCGAGGAUGGAGAGGCCGACGUCCGGGUCGUCAUCAGCCACUCGGCCUACGGCAAAUUCCGGAAGCUGUUUCCAGGAUGAGCGGACGCCCCUGGGGGCCGGGGGUGCGGUGGCAUGGCUGUGUCAGGACAGUGGGGUCCCCUCCGUCAGGCUCUGUGUCCCAGGCGCUUGCUGUGAUGACCACGGAGGCUGGUGGCAUGGUCACGGCUGCUCCGAAGCGGGCCACCCCGGAGUCCACGCCACACGAUGCCACUGGGCCCCCAGUGCCGGCCGUGAACUACUCUCCCUCAGAAUGUUCCGGCAAGCACGUGAACCUGUGUGUCUGCCUCCGUGAGCAGCAUCUGUGGCCUCUCCUGUGUCUGCUGUGAGCCGUGGCCCUGGUGGGCGGACGUGGCCCCUCCGCCCGGCUAUCUGUGUUCACAGGCGGGCCUCGUGGCCCAUGGCCGUGCUGGUUAAAUGACUAAAAACCAGCCCCCCCACCCCCACCCUCGCCCCGGCAGCCCAGAGAACCCAUCCACAAAAGCAGAGGGGAAAGAAAACAGUUCUAUUAAUGAAGACGCCUCAAACCAGACCGUGACGUCCGUGUGUCGCACAGAGAGAGUCUCACCUGCGUGAGGCCAGGCCGUAUGGACCCACCUGCCCAACGUGGCAAGACCCUGCGUGGCCAGGCUGCACACCCGUCUCCACCCACAGGAAAACAAAAAGCCUCACUUGUUUUUUUUUU